GAACUUAUCGUGACACGAUGUUUAAAAAUUUAUAACUAUUUAUCAAUAAAAAAGAAAAAAUAGGAUUGGCCGAAUGUACACCAAAAUAGUGCGUGAAUAAACUUGUGGCUCACCAACAAUCUUUUAUAUAAAGCUUUCCUAGGGAACAACUCACGCCCCAUUCCCACUUUGAUUUUAAUUUCCCUCUUGGGCAUUUUCCAUUCGUUUUUUCAAUAAAAAUACAAAUUUUUGUUAUGCAAAAUUAUGAUGGAAAAGAAGGUGUUUUCCCUCCUCCAAGCUCUAGAGGCUAAACCCUUAUCAAUCCUCUUGAUAAUCCCUCUACUAUUCUUGUUCGCUUUAUCAAGACUCGGACGCAAACGCUAUCCGCCCGGGCCGAAGGGGUGGCCCGUGAUAGGCAACAUGGGCAUGAUGGGCCAGUUGAGCCACCGCGGCCUGGCUGAGCUGGCCAAGCAAUACGGCGGCGUGGUCCACCUCAAAAUGGGGUUCCUCCACAUGGUGGCCAUCUCCAGCCCGGACGCGGCCCGACAGGUGCUCCAAGUCCACGACAACAUCUUCUCGAACCGGCCCGCAAAUCACGCCAUCAGUUACCUGACCUACGACAGGGCCGACAUGGCCUUCGCCAACUACGGGCCCUUCUGGCGCCAGAUGCGCAAGCUGUGCGUGAUGAAGCUCUUCAGCCGGAAACGGGCCGAGUCGUGGGACUCGGUGCGGGACGAGGUGGACCACAUGGUCCGGGCCGUGGCGGGCAGCGCGGGGCAGCCCGUGAACAUCGGCGAGCUGGUGUUCGGGCUGACUAGGAACAUCGUGUACCGGGCCGCGUUCGGGUCCAGCUCACACGAGGGGCAGGAUGAGUUCAUCGGCAUCUUGCAGGAGUUCUCGAAGCUCUUCGGAGCCUUCAAUAUAGCCGAUUUCGUUCCGUGGUUGAAUGGCGUGGAUCUUCAGGGCCUUAAUAGCAGGCUCGCCAAGGCCCGGGCUUCGCUCGACGGCUUCAUUGAUGCCAUAAUUGAUCAACAUAUCGUAAAUAACAACAACUUAAAUAGUCGUAAUAAUCAAUCUGUGGAUACGGAUAUGGUGGAUGAAUUGUUGGCUUUUUACAGUGAAGAAGCUAAGAUUUCUGAGUCGGAGGAUUUGCACAACUCCAUUAAACUCACCAGGAACAACAUUAAAGCUAUUAUCAUGGACGUGAUGUUUGGUGGAACCGAAACCGUGGCAUCUGCAAUAGAGUGGGCCAUGUCAGAGCUUCUGAGAAGCCCGGAAGAGAUCCAAAAGGUGAAAGAAGAGCUGAAAAAUGUAGUGGGCCUAGCCCGCAAAGUCGAAGAGCCCGACUUCGAGAAGCUGACGUACCUCCGGUGCUGCCUGAAGGAGGUCCUCCGCCUCCACCCUCCGAUCCCUCUCCUCCUCCACGAGACUUCCCACGACGCCACCAUCUCCGGCUACCACGUGCCGGCCAGAUCAAGGGUCAUGAUCAACGCGUGGGCCAUCGGCCGCGACUCCGGCGCGUGGGAGGACGCCGACGAGUUCAAGCCGUCGCGGUUUCUGAAGGCCGGCGCGCCGGAUUUCAAGGGGAGCAACUUCGAGUUCAUUCCUUUCGGGUCGGGUCGGAGAUCCUGCCCCGGGAUGCAGCUCGGGCUUCAUGCUCUGGAGAUGGCGGUGGCGCAUCUGCUCCAUUGCUACACGUGGGAGCUGCCGGACGGGAUGAAGCCGGAUGAGCUGGAUAUGAGUGACGUGUUCGGACUCACCGCGCCGCGGGCGACUCGCCUCGUGGCGGUGCCCACUCCGCGGCUGCUCUGCCCGCUUUGAGAGUCGAUGGCUUCUAUUCAAACUGUUCAGAUUUUUCACACUGCAUAUAAUAUUAUUUCUUUUUCAUUUUGUCUUUUUUUUUUUUUAUAAAUUAACGGUAUUAAAUAAAGAAAUUAAAAGGCCGCGCCACAUGAGAUUCGAACCCAA